AUGGCAACUCAAAGACCUGAUAGCGAAGGUCUCAUUCCUGUUGAGCACCACCACACCAGCCCACCAGUUAGCCCACUACCCAGUCCUCUGGUCGCUGGAGCCGCCCAUCAACCCCAAGAUACCAUUGCCCCAAUUAGCCCCGAGCCCACCGGCAUCACCCCCUUGUCUCCCUCCUCAGAACAAUCAGGCACUCUGCUGCCCACCUACGAAAAGUCACGACAGGAACACGAAGCACCUAUUCCCGUUCAUAACCCUCCUACCGCCCCCGAAAAAGCAUACAAUGGCCAGCCCGUCGAGCAAGCUCAAGGGAGCUAUUUCAACCACGCUCCGGCUCAAUAUCCUUCCGAAGUAAAGGCAUACCCGGGUCAGCCAGGCCCCCAGCAGAUGCAACAACAUCCUCAACAGCAGAUGUACUAUACUCCCUAUGGACACCCGAGUGGAUAUGCGACUGCAGUCCCCUUGCAUGCGCUUCAGUCCGCGCCGUGCCCAGUGGACUGCCCCGCCUGUGGCCGCCGAGAGAUGACUCGCGUGGAACCGAUUACUGGAUUGACUACACAUGGAUGGGCUGCCGUUCUAUGCUUCUGCUGCUGCCUCGGAUGUAUCCCGUACUUGAUGUCUUCACUCAAGGAUGUCGACCACUACUGCGGCGGUUGCGGCACUAAGCUUGCCUGUUGGCAUAAUAGUGGGCGCAUCCAAGUCUUCCAGAUUUCAGCUGGACAGAUACCACCAGGACAAGUGCCAGCAGGACACCCUGCUCAACAGGCUGCUCAGGGCGGUCCCCAGUCCCCGCCUGCGCAGGCCCAGCCAGCUGCCCCAAUGCAU